GGAAGACAAAAAACUGCCUUUUCCCCCUCCGACAGAGAACCUCCAUCCUCAUGAUCUCAUGAAUAAAUUAUAGCAGCCCAUUGUGCAAUAGAGGGAGGUAUGCAGCGAAGCCUACUAGGCAAACACUGCCGAGUGCACGGACCACAUAAUCUAUUCAGUGUACAGGCUACUCUUGCUUUAAGGAACAUCCACAUGCCGCGUCUUAGAAACGAACCGCUGCUAGCCGGGUCCAACUACAAGCGCUCUUGGUCGAGCCCUCGCUGAAACAUAGCCUACUUGCUGGUUUAUCGUAUCUAUGUUGGAAACAUAUUUCACCCACAAAUUCCGAGAUGGAGAAUACAAUUAAGCUAAGAUAGCUGGGCUAAUAAUCGGUCAUUGGCCGUUCUGGAGGUAGCCUGAAGAAAUACACAUUACUGAAGACUGUAGUAGGCUGCAUAAAAAACGAACACGAAUUAAGUUGGCUACCUUAUCUCUGGAGUGCCAGCGUUUGCAUAGUAGAAAGGUCGUAUUGGUCAUCGUCUUCCUAUAUAGUUGGAUUUCUACUCAGGACCACAGCGAGAAGCAAACCAACCUCGGGCAGUUUGAAUUGAAGACUGCCUGCUGGGUUGAGGAGUUUCGGGGCCUCCUGCUGACGCCCUCACCCCUCCGAUGAACCCCAUCAACUCCAUGAAACCUGCCCUGCCUCCAACGCCCCACAGUGACGGCUCCUACCCAUAUGAUCCUGUCUCUUGGCAGCAAGGCACCAAUCAGCCUGCAGGUUCCCUCUCCGUGGUAACCACAGUGUGGGGGGUGACCAAUCCUUCGCACAGCCAGGUGUUGGGCGGUCCCAUGGGUCCAGGUGGAAACUCAGCCGGUAGCCACAUGUUGCCAGGCAGCAGCCCAGGGAUGAGCUCUCCACAGUUCAUGGCGCAGCAGGGCUACCCCGAGCCCAGCAAAGGCUACAUGCAGCAGGGCUACCCCGAGCCCAGCAAGGCCUACAUGCAGCAGGGCAUGUACGGCCGGCCAGGGGGUGGCUACCCAGCAGGCCCCGGGUAUGGGGGCAGCUACCCCGGCAGCGGGGCGGGGUCCAUGGGGAUGCCCCCCCACGGGGUCCGCCCCCCGACGGACUUCACCCAGGCCGCCGCGGCAGCAGCUGUGGCCGCCGCGGCCGCUACGGCAACCGCCACCGCCACGGCAACGGUCGCCGCCAUACAGGAGAAGCAGAACCAGGAGCUGAACUACGGGCCGAUGGGCGGGGCUUCUUCUUACAACAGUCAGUUCCUGCCUCCGUCGGGCCCCCGGGGGCCACCUGGCAUGGCCCCCACCGGCAUGGUGCCCUCACGGCCGCCCUCCAUGGGGCCCAUGUACAGCACGCAGGCCCAGCGGCUGCCCCAGCACCAGGGCUACCCCGGGGGCCAGCAGGGCCCCCCCCGUCCACAGCAGGGCCUCAAGCGGCCCUACAACCCAGAGGGCUACCCAGGACAGCAUUACCCGCCCCAGAUGGGCAACCCGGGGCCCUACCCUGGCUCCCCCAUGCAGUACCACGGCCCCGGGCCCCAAAGAUCGGCCCCCUCCCCCUCCUACCCCGGCCACAGGAUGCCCCUACAGCAGGGCAACAUGGGCCAGUACCCCCCAGGACCCGCAAACCCGGGACAGUACUACAAGUCUGAGCAGUUCAACGGCCAGGGGAACACCAUUGCUGGCCUGCCAACAGGGGGCGCUGGAGGAGGGGGUGGGUACAACACAUUCAGCCAGGCUGCAGUCAACGGGCCUGGCAGGGCGAUGCCGGGGUACCCCAGUUCACCACUCCCGGGGAAUCCCACUCCCCCGAUGACCCCUGGCAGCUCCAUGCCCCCCUACAUGUCCCCUGGCCAGGAGGUCAAGUCCCCCUUCCUCCCUGACGUCAAGCCCAACCUGAACUCCCUGCCGCCCCCUACGGGUAACCCUAGCGAUGACCUUCGGCUGACCUUCCCCGUGCGGGACGGGGUGGUUCUGGAGCCUUUCCGGCUGGAGCACAACCUGGCGGUCAGCAACCAUGUCUUCCAGCUGCGCGACCACGUCUACAAGACCCUCAUGCUGAGGCCCGACCUGGAGCUGCAGUUUAAGUGCUACCACCACGAGGACCGGCAGAUGAACACCAACUGGCCAGCCUCAGUGCAGGUCAGCGUCAACGCCACGCCCCUCACCAUCGAGCGCGGGGACAACAAGACCUCCCACAAGCCCCUGUACCUGAAGCAGGUGUGCCAGCCGGGGAGGAACACCAUCCAGAUCACCGUCACUGCCUGCUGCUGCUCUCAUCUCUUCGUACUGCAGCUUGUACACAGGCCGUCAGUGCGGUCGGUACUCCAGGGGCUCAUGAAGAAGAGACUGCUACCAGCUGAGCACUGUGUCACCAAGAUAAAGAGGAACUUCAGCAGUGGUACAAUCCCAGGCACGCCAGGGCUGAACGGGGAGGACGGGGUGGAGCAGACGGCCAUCAAAGUGUCGCUAAAGUGUCCAAUCACCUUCCGCCGCAUCCAGCUGCCCGCACGAGGCCACGACUGCAGACACAUACAGUGCUUUGACCUGGAAUCGUACCUGCAGCUGAACUGUGAGAGAGGGACCUGGCGGUGUCCUGUUUGCAAUAAAACUGCUCUCCUAGAGGGGCUGGAAGUGGACCAAUACAUGCUGGGGAUCCUCAUUUAUAUCCAGAACUCGGAUUAUGAAGAGAUCACGAUCGACCCGGUGUGCAGCUGGAAGCCGGUUCCGGUGAAGCCGGACCUGCACAGUAAGGAGGAGCCGGACGGGCCGGCUCUGAAGCGCUGCCGCACCCUGAGCCCGAGUCUCAUGAUCCUGCCCAGCGUCAUGGAGAUGAUCGCAGCACUGGGACCCGCUUCCUCGCCCUACCCCUCUCUGCCACCGGGGGGCAGCAGCGGCACACCUGACUACCCCAGCCAGGCUGGAUCGGGGUACUCUAACCAGCCAGGAUUUUCGGAUUUCCCGAACGCCCCUGGGACUCCGACUCUGGGGGAGUUUUCCUCCGGACCGCCACCGUUGUCCUACCAGGCCGACCUGCCCAGCGGGCUCCUCUCCCCCGAAAAGCCAGUGGGACACCCCAUGUCUGCUCAGAUGUCCCACUCUGGCCGCAUUGACCCUUCCCAUAAUCCCCUGCAGCAGCACCAGGGUCUCCAUGGCAGUUCACACCUUGUGGGGCCAGGAGCACCCAUACACCCCCGCAACCCUUCCCAGAAUCCCCGGCUGCAAACGGAAGGCUCCUUUGGUCUUGGCGGCCCGGGGGGGCAGGGGGAAGUUCCGGACCCUUCUCUGGAUCUGCUUCCAGAACUGACGAAUCCAGACGAGCUGCUGUCAUACCUGGGCCCCCCCGACCUUCCCAACAACAGCAAUGAUGACCUUCUGUCUCUCUUUGAGAACAACUGAGCCCCCCCCCCCCCCCCCCCCUUCACCUCUGCCUUCUGUGACCCUCUGCAAUGCACUGGUGCCCUCUGCUCAAGGAAACAAACAAUAAAACUGAAAACCGAAAUGUUCGUAUCCCAGCUUUCACAAGAAAAGUGGGAUGGGGAGACAAAAAAAGACUCCUCAAAUUCCACUUCCUCCACCCAUCCGCCGAAAGUAACUGGAAAUGGCGGUUGGUGUCAGUGGUGGUCGGGAUGGGAGAUGGUGUGCUGCAAAAAAAAAUUUUUCAUGGACAUGUGACUUCAAAGUGUUUAACUGCCAGUGAACCAUGUCAGCUGAUUUUGUUUUGUGUAGUUUGUCCCCUCGAUUCCUCCUCCCACUCACACACAGAUGCACACGCGCACACACACACACACAAAUAAUUGUGUGUCACUUUUCAUAAACCCCUGCUCAAAUCAAGCUCUCCUUUUGUGUGUGUGUUCAAAGUUCAAAGGUUAGAUCAUAUUCCUUCAGGUGUUCCUCACAUGGUAAUAUAUCCUGGGAGGGGAGAAGGGAGAGGGAAGUAAAUAUUGAACAAAGUUUUAUAAACUGACAACAUUUGUAAAAAAAAAAAAAGAAUUACAAAAUAAAAAAUAAAAAAACUUUAACUAGAUGUACAAUAGUGUGCAAGAAUGUGGGCAAAAAGCCUUUUACAAUUAAUAUCUAAGUGAACAGAAAGGAACCUGACCUCUAAAUAGUACAAUGUUAAACAUGACACAUUUCUUCAAAUUUUAAAGCAAGAUUAUUAUUUUUUUAAGGAAAAAGGCCCUGUGCAAAUGUUUGGAAACUCUCAGUACUUUGUAACUCCUCCUCGGGCAACGAUAACUACUUCCUGUAGGCAGCGAAGAGGCUUUCAAGUCUCACUUUUGGAAUAUUCCCCCAUUCUUCCAGGCAGAACAUCUCUAGCUCAAAUAUACUUCGGCCUCUUGCAUGUACAGCAUUUUUUAGAUUUUUCCACAGAUUUUCAAUAAUAUUCAGGACUGAUUUGGUACUGACUUGGGACUGAUGGGCAUUCCAAAACCUUCAUCCGUCUAUUCUGGAGGUACUUCAUGGUUGAUUUUGAGGUAUGCUUUGGAUCAGAGGUCACCAACCCUGGUCCUGGAGAGCUACUGGGUCUGCUGGUUUUUGUUUUCAGCUUAAAAUCAGCACCCUGUUGAGACCCAGGUAACCAGGUGAGGUGAGUUAGCUGUGUAAUCAUCUACUCUAAUUGUUUAAGUGCAGAGUAACAGUGAAAACCAGCAGACCCAGUAGCUCUCCAGGACCAGGGUUGGUGACGUCUGCUUUGGAUCAUUGUCUUGCUGGAAUGCCCAACCUCUUUAACUCAAUGUCUGGAUUGACCUGUGAACAUUAGCUUCUAGAAUUUAUUUGAUAUUUGGUGGAAUCCAUUCUUCCUUCCACUCACACAAUACUUCCUGUGCCCCCAUCUGCCACACAACCCAAAAGCAUAAUGGAUCCGCCACCAUGCUUCACAGUUGGCAAGGUGUUGUUCUCUAUUUAUUUUCUCCAAAAUACCUUCUUUGGUGGUGGCUGAAAAGUUAAAUUUCGGUUUUGUCAGUCUAAAGCACAUUGUUUCAGAAGGCUUCAGGCUUCUCAAUGUUUUUUUUUGCAUACUUCAGAUGCUUAAUUUUGUGUUGAGGUCGUUCUUUCUGGCAACUCUGCCAUGUAAGUCUUUGUUGUUUAAAGUACAUUGUAUUUUAGUCCUGUGAACAUCUAGACCUGUGUUUGCUACUCUUUUUUGGAGCUUUUUUGCAGUGAUGUGCGGGUUCUUCUGAGCAUUUCUCACCAGGUCUCGGGCCAUUUUAUCUGAAAUGUUUCUUGGUCUUCCAGUCUUGACUUCAACUGUUACAUUUAUCUUCCAUUUUCUAAUAAUGUUUCUGACAAUGGAAAUGGGAUUUAAUUCUGAAAUCCCUGUUUAGAGGAACCCAUGGUUGUUAACACCAGACAGGACAGCCACUGCAGUUGGAUACUUUAGAAAGCAUGGAGUUACUUCAGAAUAAAAAGUUCAGUCCUGGAAUUAUACUCACCUGACUCAUUGAAGCCCCAACAAGAAAAUCACCUGGGCCUUAGUCAUCAUCUUGUUAAAAAGUAACAAAGAAUAAUCCAAAAUUGUUCCCAGACUUUUGCACAGGGCCCUUUUCCUUUUUUUAUAUAAUUCAUAAACUGUAAAAAAUGAAGCAAUCUUGCUUUAAAAUUUGCAGAAAGGUCUCGUGUCUAACUAUCAUUUAAUGUUCAGGUUUGCUUUCGAUCACAUACAGAUGAGUUGUAACAGACAUUUAAACCAGGGGUGCCAAAAUUUUUGCACCCCACUGUAUAAUACUUUUGCAAAUUGUAAUAAUUAAGGGAUGCAAAAUGAGCAAAUGAGCUCUGCCCUCAGAAUACAUAGAAUAUGGAAUGUUGGAAUGCUGUAAAGUGAGCUGCAUUUAUACAGACAUACACCCCCUCCUUGGAAAAACAAGUGUACUCCCCUCCCUAUUUGACAAUAAGGAAUCGUUCUUGCCAUCUUCAGAGAACACUGAUGCCAAGGGUUACAGCGCAUUCUUCAGGGGCUAGCCUCCAUUCCACUGGGGAAUACAAGUAUACCUGACACCAUGAACCCUUUCUAUUUGCAAGCCCUCAAGCAAGGCUGUAAAAUGGCAGACAAGGCACAGGUUCUGUCAAUUCACAGAAUUCUGUCAAUCAUGUCCGCAGGAAACAAAAUAUUUUGUAAAUAAAAUGGUUCUAGAUGGCCCCCUGUGAUGGGCAACAGAGGAAUGUUUCACAACUUGAGAUAUGAAAAGUAACUUUUCCAGAAAUGUGUGGACAUUUUUUAAUGCCAAUCAUGAAUAGCUCAGAUUUGUUUUGCUUUUUGUUGUGUGUUUUGCUUUUGCUUUUUUUUUCUCCAGAGAAUAGUUUUCAUCCUUUUAAAAUGGCACUGUUUAGCAAGAGAUGGGUGACAACUUUCAGGACCACCCGUCUCUCAUCGCUCAUUUAUUUAAUACAUUUUGUAAAUGUGCCAGUUCUAAAUCAAUGAAAGACAUGGUUCAUGAACCAGUGAAUCAAACUAAUCUUCCUCAGUGAAAGACACCACAAUAAAUAGUUUUUCACUAGUUCAAGGAACAGCUGCAACAGGAAUAUUCUCGGCAACUCUUGUGGACUAAAAUAUAAUGUUUAAAGCAAAUGCUGCUAAGGAUUUAGGAUACCCCGACAAACUAAAGUGAACUUUGGGCUCUUAGAAAA